AUGCUUAUGCCAUCCGCCUUCUCAUGCGACACGUCGCAGCCGCCUCUUACCCGACUCCAGGCGUCUCUCUUCGCAUCGCCUCCCUCGAGCCCUCCUACCCUGUCAACUAGUAGUGGCUUCGGUCACAUCUUGGACAGCUGCCGCUCUCUCCAAGCCCUUCUCUCAUCGCCUCAGCAUCAGAACAUUCCCAGUGCCGCUCUCUCAUACGACGCGCCACAACAAUACCUUCCCACGCCAUCUCAACUUCCCACGCCGCCUCUCGCCCACGCGCCUGCUCCCCACAAACUGCGCCUGCGCUCGCGCGCAAAGCAGGAUGGCGCCACUAACAGCGAUCACCUUCCGCGCAAGCGCAUCGCAAAGCGCGCGCCGCCACGAGGUCUGAACAAGCGCCGGCGCGCCGCCGAUGAGGAGACGGGUCGUGAAGAUGGUCUUCUUACGGACGAGGACGUCGAGAGCGAUCUCGACAUCUCAUCUCAGCGUCAAUCUUUCGAAGCUACCAACGACAACCCUAUUCCAUCCAACCCUUCUACACCCAAACGCGCGCGCAUCGCACCAGAGGUGAUCCCUCUGGGCCUUGAGCGCUCCGACUACCACACACUGCACCUCCUCAACGGCGACGGUGUGAACAUGAACCACAGCAGCAUGGAAGCGGCAGGCGCACAAGACCCAACCGUGGAGGUCGAGGCCGAUGGAGAGCGGUGGAGUGCCGAGGAUGAUAGGAUACUCGUCGAGCUUGUGCUGGAGAAGCUGAAGCUCUCCAAGACGGAGUGGCAAGAUUGCGCGCGCAGUUUGGGCAAGGACCGGAACUGCCUAUCCCGGCGAUGGAAGAGUCUCAUGGUCCAGGGUGACGUCGGCCUCAAGGGACCUCGGAGGAGUAGCCGCAGGGCCAACCUUCACGGUACCUGGCGGUAA